UUCUUACUAAAAUCUUAAUAGAGUAUAGUCCUACAUAGACUUAGGUAGAUAAAUCUUAAUUCAUGAUUAUUGUCUUCAUUUUGUCAUAAACCAUGGAAACGAGAUUAUAUUAAGGCAGUAAGGCUCUAAUUUUUUAAAGAGUCCUAAUUAUCCUAUUAUAGAACCGGCCACCGGUUAAUGGUUAUCACGAUUUAAGAUAUGCUGUUAUUACAAUUUACAGUGUAGAUUUUUAAAUCGUGCCGGCUACCAACGUACAACCCAAAAACGGCAAACAAUAAUAAUAUUAUGGUGAUUGGUGAUAACAUAGUUGAACUAUGAUAGCUCGGACUAAAAUCUGAAUAGUAUUCUAAAGCAUGGCACGAAUUACGAAUGCACGAUGCUCUAAUGACUAAUAUAGUAUCCUAACCUGUUGUGCCAUAACUGUUAUAGUUAUUUAAAAAUAUUUUACAUUAUUAUUGUAAUUAAUUAUUUUGUAGUUUGUAUAUUUCAUUAAGACGUGUAGGAGCAAACGUUGGUAUGGAGCCACAGAAAGCAUCAGAUGCAGUUUUGAAAAAGAGUCUGGACAUUUCGUCAGAAAAUCCAACUGUAAAAGGUUAUGAUUGGAACAAUGGAAUCGACUAUGAACAAUUACUGUCGGUCUAUCGGUAUUCUGGAUUCCAGGCAACAAAUUUUGGAUUAUCUGUCGAACAGAUAAAUAAAAUGUUAGACGAAAGAGAAAAACCAUUUGAAGAAGACAUUCAUGAAGAAGACGAAUUUAUCAAACGCCGUUCAAAUUGUACAAUGUUCCUUGGUUAUACAUCAAAUAUGGUUUCAUGUGGUAAUCGUGAUGCAAUACGCUUUAUUGUCCAACAUAAAAUGGUCGAUUGUAUAGUGACAACUGCUGGAGGAGUCGAGGAAGACCUAAUAAAAUGUUUAGCUCCUACAUUUAUAGGAGAUUUUCAAUUAAAAGGUAGCACUCUCCGUGAAGAUGGCCUCAAUAGAAUUGGCAAUUUAUUAGUUCCAAACAACAACUACUGUAAAUUUGAGAAUUGGGUCAUGCCUAUUUUAGACAAGAUGCUCGAAGAACAGAAUAUUGCUUGGACUCCAUCUAAAAUAAUUGAAAGAUUGGGCUUAGAAAUAAAUGAUGAACAAUCAAUAUGCUAUUGGGCAGCAAAGAAUAAGAUACCCAUAUUUUGCCCGGCUUUAACCGAUGGUAGCUUAGGAGAUAUGAUGUACUUUCAUUCCUUUAGAAACCCUGGUCUCAUUAUUGAUAUAUUAAAAGAUUUGAGAAGAUUGAACACGAUGGCGGUUAAAGCAGCUAAAAGUGGAAUGAUUAUAAUUGGAGGUGGAGUGAUAAAACAUCAUAUUUGUAAUGCCAAUUUGAUGAGAAAUGGUGCUGAUUAUUCGGUUUAUUUGAAUACUGCAUCAGAAUACGAUGGCAGUGAUUCUGGAGCUCGACCGGACGAAGCUGUUUCGUGGGGUAAAAUAAAAGCAGAUGCUACACCAGUAAAAAUUUAUGGUGAUGCAACACUUAUAUUUCCACUUUUAGUUGGAGAAACCUUUGCAAAACGAUAUCAUAAAAAUAAAAAAUGAAUCUAUGAAAUAUAUUUAAAUAUUAUUACACAAA